UUUGAUGGUCGUAGUCUCGUAGAGAAAGUUGGCACUAAAAGCUCUCGUUCGCCACUUCGAAUUUAUACUUUUUCUUCAUAGUCGUCGAAGUCUCUGAUUCUGUUCUUACUCUUCGUAAUCUUCUACCAGUAGGGAUCAGGUCAGCUCGCAAGUGUCGAAGAAAUGAUUUGGGAGAUAAUUCGCCGCAAAGUUGCUUCGCCGAAGACGUUAGGAGAGGCAGUGCAGAGGAUUAGGCCUUCAGUGUUGUCAGGGGCAAGAUGUUACAGGACAACUCGGAAAGAGGCUUUGCUCGCUGGGAAAGGAUUUGAGCAUGUCCAGAGCUCUAGUUACCACACUUUUUUAGGAGGUCAUGCCCAUUCAAAGCCGAGGGAAGUUACAACACUAUUUCAAGCUGAGCCCUUUGUUCGAUUGAGGAAUAGAUCAUUUUCUUCGGACAAUGGAGACCUGGUUGAGGCUGUUGUUCCUUUCAUGGGUGAAUCUAUAACUGAUGGCACUCUAGCAAAUUUCCUAAAGAAACCUGGGGACAGAGUUGCAGUUGAUGAACCUAUUGCUCAAAUUGAAACUGAUAAGGUGACAAUUGAUGUAGUUAGUCCUGAAGCUGGCAUCAUUCAAAAGUUUGUGGCCAAGGAAGGUGAUACUGUGGAACCAGGUACCAAGAUUGCUGUCAUCUCAAAAUCAGGUGAAGGUGUGACACAAGCUCCAUCAGAAAAGGUUGCUGCUCAUCCACCACCUCCUGAACAGGAGGAAAGUGCAGAGAAGCAAAUCCCCAAAGCAGAGACCGCUCCUAUCAAGGAGAAGAUUAAAGAACCAUCUCCAUCACAACCCAAGGCAAAAGGACCUUCUCCAGCUCCUAAACACACAGCUUCAGAACCCCAGCUUCCUCCCAAGGAUAGGGAAAGACGAGUUCCCAUGACAAGACUCAGGAAACGGGUUGCAACACGCUUGAAAGAUUCUCAGAAUACAUUUGCUUUGCUGAGCACAUUUAAUGAGGUUGAUAUGACAAACUUGAUGAAGCUCCGUUCAGAUUAUAAAGAUGCCUUUGUUGAAAAGCAUGGAGUUAAAUUAGGACUUAUGUCAGGCUUCGUGAAAGCUGCUGUUACUGCGCUUCAGAGUCAGCCAGUUGUCAAUGCUGUCAUUGAUGGUGAUGAUAUCAUAUAUCGAGAUUACAUUGAUAUUAGCAUUGCUGUUGGGACUCCUAAGGGCCUCGUUGUUCCAGUUAUCCGCAAUUCUGAGAAGAUGAACUUUGCCGAUAUAGAGAAGGAAAUAAAUACUCUAGCUAAGAAGGCAAAUGAUGGUUCUAUAUCAAUUGAUGAAAUGGCUGGAGGUACAUUCACAAUAUCAAACGGUGGUGUCUAUGGAAGUCUUUUGAGUACACCAAUCAUCAACCCACCACAGUCGGCUAUAUUAGGCAUGCACUCAAUAGUUAGCCGUCCAAUGGUUGUUGGGGGUAAUAUUGUUCCUAGGCCAAUGAUGUAUAUUGCGUUGACAUACGAUCAUCGGCUGAUUGACGGGAGGGAGGCUGUGUUUUUCUUGCGCCGCAUCAAAGAUGUUGUAGAGGACCCUCGCAGGCUUCUCCUUGAUAUAUGAAGUUUCUCUCGAAUUCCCAAAUUGCUGGUAAUUCAAUUUUAGCCAGAAUAACAUCUCAGCUCUAAAAUUUUGUAGAGAUGUCUUUUUUGAUCUGCGAUGCCAUAAAGUUCUGAAACUACUUUAGUUCACUUGUUUACAAGAAAGAACCAUGUCAUGUUUUCAUGCUAUGGGUUCUGGAUUUGCAUACCAAAGUACUUUCAUGUGUUCAAAUUGUAGAUGUCCUUUUGACUGGACAAUCAAUUCUUUUCAAUAUCAUGUAUAAGCCUUGAGUCUGUAUAAUACAAGAUCCUUCAAUGAAGGAUUGACACAGUAUAUGUAUAACAAUGUUAUUUAUCUGUUGGCUGGAGUUGUUACAACUCCGUUUUUA